AUGUCCAAUCAAUCCAAUCCGGUUAUUUUGCAUCUCAGAGCCGAAACCAAGCCCCUCGAAGCGAGAGCGGCGUUGACCCCGCAAACCACCAAGGCGUUGCUUGACGCCGGGUUCAAGGUGUACGUGGAAGAGCUGUCGCAGCUGACUUUCUCCUCCGACGAAUACAAGGCCGUGGGUGCUGAAAUUGUCCCUGAAGGCCUGUGGGUCGACGCUCCCACCGACAGAAUCAUCUACGGUUUGAAGGAGUUGCCAGAAGACAGCUUUCCGUUGAAGCACACCCACAUCCAAUUCGCCCACUGCUACAAGGACCAGGCCGGGUGGAAGGACGUGUUGCGUCGUUUCCCUGAAGGUAAGGGUACUCUCUACGACCUUGAGUUCCUUGAAAACGACCAAGGCCGCCGGGUGGCCGCUUUCGGCUACUACGCCGGUUUCGCUGGUGCCGCCAUUGGGGUAUUGGACUGGGCUUUCAAGCAAACCCACAGCGACGACGAAAACUUGGGCGGUGUUACCCCUUACCCUAACGAAGACGAGUUGAUUGCUCACGUCAAGAAGGAAUUGGCUACCGCGUUGAGGGCCAACGGCGGUGUCUACCCCAAGUGUCUCGUCAUUGGUGCUCUCGGCCGUUGUGGCUCGGGAGCCGUCGACUUGUUCAAGAAGGUGGGCAUCCCUGAUGCCGAAAUCCAAAAGUGGGACAUGGCCGAAACCGCUAAGGGUGGCCCGUUCAAGGAGAUCGUCGACCUGGACAUCUUUGUCAACUGCAUCUACUUGUCGAAGCCCAUCCCUCCCUUCAUCGACUUCGACCUGCUCAACACCCCCGACAGAAAGUUGCGCACCAUUGUCGACGUCCUGGCCGAUACCACCAACCCCCACAACCCCAUCCCCGUGUACACUGUUGCCACUGUGUUCAACGACCCCACCGUCCCUGUUGAAACCACCGCCGGCCCCAAGUUGCUGGUGUGCCUGAUCGACCACUUGCCGUCGCUCUUGCCCCGGGAAGCCUCGGAGUUCUUUGCUCGCGACUUGUUGCCCCUGUUGUUGGAGCUCCCCAACCGCGAAAACUCGCCGGUAUGGGUGCGGGCUAAGGCCUUGUUUGACAAGCACGUGGCGAGAUUGUAA